AUGCCUGCAGUCUCCAAUGUCUUUGUCGCAGCCAAGGCUGUGGCAGAACUGACAAACGAAACUAGCGACCCAUUACAGGUUAUUUGUGCCUGGCCCGUCUCUGGCCAAUACGGCACUGGUACUCGUGUUCUAUACUAUGUCCUCAUCGCCGCGUGUCUUGUUGCGCGGAGGGAAGAAUGGCUAGUCAAUCCCUGUUUGGCGGCCGCUUUAGUUUUACCAGCUGUUGCUGCCAUUCAUGGUAUCGUCCUAGUAGCGAUGCAUAAUCCCGAUGCUGUUGAUAUGGACAUUUUUGGAGCCUUUCAGCUAUGCGCGAUUGGUAUUCUCGCCGCGCCGGUGACAGUCAUGAUGUCAAAAACAUAUUUCAAUGACCCUGGCAGAAACACCAUCUUUCUGUGGACAUUUCUACUUUUGAUCGGCCUCUUGAGUAUGACCAUCGAGUUCUACCGCAUAGAAACCCAUGACUGUACCAAAGAUGCUUUUGGAAAUCCCGUGUCAAACAUCGCCUCCAACUUCUCCUACAUCGACGGCAACAACUGCGGUCUCAUCUGCUCUACCCAAGACGGCCCUACAUCGCCCAUGAGAGGCGGAUCAGCCGACAACAUAUAUGUCAUUCCCGCGCCGCACACACUCACUUUCGGCGCUGCGACACUUCUUGGGGCUGCAUGUUGUGUACAUGCUGUUCUUUGUCUAGUGUCCAUGUGGGACAGAGUGCUGGAGAUCAACUGGCGCCGACGAUUCGGUCGACAGGAGGAAGAGGAUACAGCCAGUGAAGAUGGAGAUGCUAACAAGGGCGUCAUGAAAACGGUCAACGAUACAAUUGGAUUCUUUUUGAGAAUUCUGGCUGUUCCUGUCUUUGGAGGCGCUGGGUUGGCCAUCUUGAUAGUUGGGGAGAUUAACUUCUUCAGUCCUCCGGUGGAUUACCAGACAGAACCCAUGGCUAAUAUCGAGGCUAAUAUUUCUCAGGUCAAUGGGCUCCAAUCACAGGUACUGCGAUGGCCAUGA